AUGCCGCUGCUGCUGCGCGGCGCCUCCCUCCUCCGCCUCUACCAGUGUACCUGUGGGCUCCGAAGUGCGAAUUUCAGUUCUAGAGUACCUGUACUAGUGAAUCUCAUCACCACGAGGGACAGAAUGAGGGCUACAUAUUCGCGUAGAGCUGCCUCUAAGAACAGUGAGGUCAAGAAGGAUGAGCAGCCAGUCAUAGAGAAGGAAGAUGCUGCUGAAAGUGAUUUGGAGAUAGAGCGAGUGAGGAGCAACCCUAGCCAGCUCCAAUCAAUGACUGUCAAGGAGCUCAGGGAGCUCACGAGGAGGAUGGGUGUUUCUGUAAAAGGUACCAAGAAAGAUUUAGUAUCAGCCCUGAUGAAUUCUCUGGGUGUGGAAGCAAAUGGUGAAGAGGGAAAAUCAUCCAUUGAGCUGGUUAGCCCCUCGGAAGUACCUUUGAAAAGAAAAGGUGGUGCUUCUGUUGUGGUUGAACAAAAACUAGCAAGUUCUGAGAUUAUUUCUGAAACACCUAGCAAGAAAAGAAGUAGAACAAAACAAAAGUCAAGCAAGAGCACCACUCUUGAGGAGAAUUCUGUGACUAAUGUCAAGCUAAGUAAGACUGUUGUCCAGAAGGAAACAUUUGUCGUCCAAGGUGCUGUUCCUAAUGAUGAUUCAGAGCCUUGGACUGUACUCGUGCAUAAGAAACCACAAGCCGGCUGGAUUCCAUACAAUCCUAAGACUAUGAGGCCUCCACCUCUUAGCAAGGAUACACGGGCUCUGAAGAUUAUGUCAUGGAAUGUCAAUGGAUUGAAAGCAUUGCUCAAAUCAAGAGGCUUCUCUGUGCAACAGUUAGCACAGAGGGAGGACUUUGAUGUGCUAUGCUUACAAGAGACAAAAAUGCAGGAGAAGGAUGUUGAAGUUAUUAAGGACACUUUGCUUGAUGGCUACACAAAUAGUUUCUUUACUUGCAGUGUGUCAAAGCUUGGCUAUUCUGGCACUGCAAUAAUUUCAAGAGUCAAACCACUCUCGAUCAAGUAUGGGCUUGGUAUACCAGACCAUGAUACUGAAGGGAGGGUUGUGACUGUAGAGUUUGAUGACUUCUAUCUGUUAACUGCUUAUGUACCAAACUCUGGUGAUGGCCUAAAAAGAUUGACUUACAGGGUCACGGAGUGGGAUCCAUCCCUUGGUAACUACAUGAAAGAAUUGGAGAAAUCGAAGCCUGUCAUACUAACCGGUGACCUUAAUUGUGCGCACCAGGAGAUUGAUAUACAUGACCCUGCUGGAAAUCGUAAAAGUGCAGGCUUCACAAACGAGGAAAGAGAAUCAUUUGAGACCAAUUUUUUGUCCAAAGGGUUUGUUGAUACGUUUCGGAAACAGCAUCCUAGUGUUGUUGCCUAUAGUUACUGGGGGUACAGGCAUAAUGCCCGGAAAGACAAACAAAGUCGUGUCUACCUGGUUCCUGGAAUCAAGCGCAUUGCGGCGAACAUGAGCUCCACAUCUUCUCAGCGUGGUUACCCUGCCCGGAGGGGGUCUGCGGCGAACAUGAGCACCACAUCUUCUCAGCGUGGUGGUUACCCAGCCCAGAGGUCUGGGGCGAACAUGAGCUCCACAUCUUCUCAGCGUGGUUACUCUGCCCGGAAGUCUGAGCCCUGGACUCGCCUUACCCACCAAGAGAGACGACCACAAUGGGUUGCUUAUAAUCCAAGGACAAUGAGGCCUCCGCCACUUAGCACUGAUACCAAUUCUAUGAAGAUUCUGUCCUGGAACGUUAAUGGACUGCAAACUAUGGUACAGUCAGGGUUUUCUGCAGAUGAAUUGGUUGGCAGAGAGAACUUUGACGUCUUAUGCCUUCAAGAGACACACUUGGAGGAGCGCAAUGUUGACCUUUUUAAGAACCUGGUACCUGAAUAUGAUUACACCUAUUGGUCAUGCAGUGUUGCAAGGCUUGGUUAUUCAGGAACUGCUGUGAUAUCACGGGUACAACCAAUCUCAGUCAAAUACGGGCUUGGCAUACCAGAGCAUGAUCAGGAAGGCAGGCUUAUUACCUUGGAGUUUGAUGAUUUUUACUUGGUCAAUGCCUAUAUCCCAAAUUCUGGCCGUGGUUUACGUAGACUGAAUUACAGGGUCAAUGAUUGGGAUCCAUGCUUUAGCGACUUCAUAAAGAAACUGGAAUGUUCCAAACCAGUAAUUGUUGCUGGGGAUCUAAACUGUGCUCGCGAAAGUAUUGACAUUCACAAUCCUCAAGCAAAAACCGAGGCUGCAGGUUUCACAAUUGAAGAGAGGGAGUCAUUUGAGGAGAACUUCACUAGCAAAGGCCUUAUUGAUACAUUCCGUAAACAACACCCGAAUGCUGUGGCCUACACUUUCUGGGGUGAAAACCAGCGCAUUACCAACAAAGGCUGGAGACUGGAUUACUUUCUUGCGUCAGAGUCUAUUGCCGACAAGGUCCAUGAUUCCUACACUCUGCCAGAUGUAUCGCUCAGCGAUCACAGUCCAAUUGGCCUUGUGCUGAAGUUGUAG